GUUUUACGUGGUUUUCACAGCGUACGUGCAGGCAGACAUGAGCAUUCCCUGGUAAAGAAAGAGGAAGUUUCCCGAUCCAUUCAAAACAAGAAACAGUCUCCUGCUGGAGCCGGCGGAGGUAACGAUGCUCCUGAAAAGCUUGUGUCUGGCCUUCCUCCUCCUCCUCCCGGCGCUGGUGGGGGCUCAGUAUGAGAAGUACAGCUUUAAAAGUUUCCCCCAGAAGGACAUCAUGCCGCUGGACUCCACGUACAACUACGCGCUGGAGCAGUACGGGGCGCAGAACUGGGCAGAGAGCAUCAAGUUCUUGGAGCUCAGCUUGCGGCUCCACCGGCUGCUGCGGGACAGCGAGGCUUUCUGCGGCCGCAACUGCAGCUCCGUGAGCCGGGACAACGACACCCUGUUCGCCGACAACAGCCUGCGCGUCGUGCGCCACAUCCUGCUGAGGGCUGCGUGCCUUAAAAAGUGCAAAGCGGAUUUUCCCGUGUUUAAGCUCGCAUACCCACGCAGGGAUGUACUGGAAACUUUCGAGAAGAGGGUGCCGUAUCGGUACAUACAGUACGCACAGUACCAGCUCAACCACCUCGAGAAGGCUGUAGCAGCGGCACACACCUUCCUGAAGAAGAACCCAACUGAUCCCUACUUGACCAAGAACAUGAACUACUACAAGACGCUGUUUGAUGUGGAAGAAUAUCUCAUCGACCACGAGGAGCAGCCGUAUGAAAGUGUUUUUCUGAAGAGUGUGACGCUUUAUAACAACGGAGACUUCAGCAGCAGCGCCCGAAACAUGGAGCAGGCCAUCACACAGUACUUUGAAAUAUACAGUAGCUGCUUAGCAGGAUGUGAGAGCUCAUAUGAGAUCGUAGAGUUCAAAGACUUCUAUCCCACCCUGGCAGAUCUCUACACUGACGUGCUGAAAUGUAAAGUGAAAUGUGAAGAGCACCUGACACCCAACGUUGGAGGCUUCUUUGUGGAGAAGUUUGUAGCCACCAUGUAUCACUACCUCCAGUUUUCCUAUUAUAAAUUGAACGAUGUAAAGAACGCUGCCCCGUGUGCAGCCAGCUACAUGCUGUUUGACAGUAAAGACCAGGUGAUGCAGCAAAAUGUAGCAUACUAUCGCUUCUACCGGCAGCAGUGGGGGCUCGAGGAAAGUGACUUUCAACCUCGGCCUGAGGCUCUGAGGUAUUUUAACGAGACAACCAAGCAGAAAGAGAUGCUGGAGUUUGCACUGAACUACCUACAAACAGACGAUGAGGACAUGGUUAGUCCAGAAGAAAUGGCCACCUCUCAAUCAGAGCAUCCUGACACUGAGUUUGAGGGCGUGGGAGACUACGAGGAGUCCUUCCUGGCUGAGUGGUGGCAAGAACCCAAAACGAAGUGGGACAUCGGAGAGGUCGCAGACUGACACCUGUCCUCGUCUCCCGUCCAGAACGACUUCUCGUCCAGCUGGAGGAUGUUGACCUCCCUACAGGCAGACAUUUCCAACAGUAUUUAGUAGAAAAAGCACACCUCAAACAAAGCUGUGUGCUUUCACCCAGCCGAAGAAUAAACAAACAAACGUAUCCGUCAUGUUGAUCAAGAUCAGAGAUUGACAUAUUCUGUCUUGGCUGUCAUCAGCCUUUUACAACUGUUGUUUUUUCUUAUAAUCAGUCAUUGGCCUGUUUGCCAAUACUUGUUAAUGACUUUUCUCCAGUUUUUAUUUAAAUGAAAGCUGAAUGCCUCUGUGCCAUGUUAUAUGGAAGGUGACAUGUAGCUUUUCUAAUGCCACCAGUUGUGUUGUUGUUAUAAUAAUAAUUUGCU